UUCUUGUGCUCUAAUAAUUUGCCAACUGGUUCGUCUUGCUGGGCAGCCCGAAUGUAGGCAUAUUUUGUUCUUUCAUAUUCACAGAGCGACUUGGUUCGUGAGUUAUUUGAAGGAGUAAAAAUAAUACGUGAUCUACUGCUUGGGCUGUCUUUUGCGGUGUUAAAAAUGAUGCGUGAUCUACUGCUGGGGUUUUCUUUUGCGGUGUUGGUCGCCUCGGUUCUUCUUUGUGUGCUCGGACCCAAUCUUGUCAAGAGCAACAAGAAGAGCACACGUCGAAAGGCAGACGAUACCAGCGCGUCUAGUUCGUCCCCCGCUUCGGCAGGAAGUAACAGCUACGAUGUGUUCUUAAGUUUCAGCGGCGAGGAUACUCGCAAGACCUUCACAGAUCACCUCUACAAGAGCCUGCUCGACCAUGGAGUCCGCGUGUUCAGAGACAACAAUGAGCUUCCCAUGGUGAGAAGAUCGGCCCCAACCUUUUCCAAGCCAUUGAAAAUAGUAAAAUCUCGAUCCCGAUUCUUUCUCGAAAUUACGCUUCGAGUAGAUGGUGCCUUCAAGAGCUCGUUAAGAUGACAGAGUGCAUCAAAAGCGGGCACAUUGUUUUGCCCAUAUUUUACCAUGUUGAACCGACCCAUGUGCGAAAACAAGAAGGGAGCUUUGGAGAGAUUUUCUCCCAUUUAAGUAGGAAGUAUAAAGAAGAUGUUGAGAAAUGGAAAGAAGCACUUCGAGAAGUGGGUUCCAUAAAGGGAUGGGAACCGGCGAAAACUGCUGACGGCCACGAAGGAAAAUUGGUGGAACAGGUCGUCAUAAAAGUUUUGAGCGAGUUAAAGAAGGCCUUUCUACUGGUUGUUCCCGAGCAACUUGUCGGAAUUGAAAAUGCUGUGAAGGCUAUUUUGAGAUUGUUGGAUGAUAAUGCUAAUGAUACCCAAAUUAUCGGUAUUCAUGGAAUGGGAGGCAUCGGUAAGACAACUUUAGCAAAGGUCGUCUACAAUAACCUCCUUGGCCAAUUUCAGUAUCAUAGUUUUAUUGCAGAUAUUCGAGAAUCCUCGCGACGCAAUAGCAUUCCAUAUUUGCAGCAACAAUUAAUAGCUGAUAUGAAAGAGGAAGAUCGAGUGUUUCAUAUGGAUGGAGGAAUCAGGAUCUUGGAAUCUAGAUUUAAACAUAAGAAAGUCCUAAUUCUUCUAGAUGAUGUGGAUGAUAUCAAUCAAAUCACAGCUUUGGUCGGGAAAUUUGACUGGUUUGCGAUGGGAAGUAAGAUAAUCAUUACUACAAGAAGCAGGUUUGUUCUUGAAAAAGUUGGGGUGAAAAAUGAGUACGAACUCAAGGAAAUUGCUGAGGAUGAAUCUUUGAUCUUGUUUAGCAGACAUGCCUUUCUGAAGGACUCUCCUCCUAGUGAAUUCGAUUCUCUCUCUCGUGCUAUUGUAUCUACUACUGGAGGGCUUCCCUUAGCUCUCGAGGUUAUAGGUUCGUCUCUAUGUGGGCGGAAACGAAAGAUUUGGGAAGAAACCUUAAAGGAGUUGCAGAAAGUACCACAUGAGAGAGUGCGGGAGAAGCUGAUGAUAAGUUACAACGCAUUAAACUAUAAUGAAAAGCAAAUAUUUUUGGAUAUUGCUUGUUUCUUUAUUGGAGAGGAUUUAAGAUAUGCAUCCUAUAUGUGGGAUGCAUGUGGUUAUGGCCCGUGGAUGGGAAUUGAAACAUUGAGUUUUAUGUCGCUAAUAAAAAUUGGAGAUCAUGGAAAGGUGCAAAUGCAUGAUCAACUGAGAGACCUUGGUAGGGAAAUUGUUCAACAAGAAGAUUACGAAGUGCCUAUGAAUCGAAGUAGGUUAUGGAUGCAUGAUGAAGCUGUGGAAGUACUUGAGAGACAUAAGGAAAUUCAAAAAGUUCGUGUUCGGCUCCUCUGUCUUGACAAAGACUGGACAAAGGAGGACUUUUUUCUUUUCCCGUCGGAAUUGAAGAGGGAAUUCACAACUGAACAAUUUCAGACAUUACCGAACUUAAGGUUCCUUGCAGUGCGUGGUGCAAAACUAAUUGGAGAUUCCAGAAACUUGCUUUAUGAUUUACGAUGGCUCAUGUGGAGGGGACGUCCUGCAUUCGUUGCCACCAAUUUUUGUUUGGAGAAAUUAGUCAUACUCGAUUUAUCAAGAAGUGACAUUUCAGAGCGUUGGGAAGGUUGGAGUCAUCUUAAGAUGUUAAAGCAUUUGAAAGUUCUAGAUCUUAGAGGUUGCAAUUGUUUAAAUGUUACUCCCGAUCUAUCAGCCUUCCCAAAUUUAGAGAUAUUUCAGCUUAAGGCAUGUAGGAAUCUGAAGCAAAUUCAUCCUUCUAUUGGAGCAGCCAAGGGCCUCAUUUUUUUGGACUUGCAGGGAUGUGAUGAACUCCAAGAGCUACCCCAAGAAAUGGGCAAGUUAGGCAACCUUGAAGAAUUAGAUGCCACAGGUUGCAAGAGUCUGAGAGGGGAAAUUCAUAUAGUUGGGUUGUUUUCAUUGAAGAUCCUUCGAUUAAAUUUGACAGGUGUUUUUGGUUUCCAUGGCACAUUCGAUAAGUUUUCUUGUCUGGAGAAACUUGAAUUAGACAAUUGCAAGAUGCUUCAAUCGCUGCCAGAGCUUCCUGCCUCUUUAACAGUUUUGAAAGUCACUGGUCAGUAUUGCACACUUCCUCGACUUUCUCAUUUAAUCCACCUAAAAGCGCUCACUGUUAGGGGUUGCCCGUUGUUGGAAUUCAUGCCGGAGCUUCCCUCAGGACUACUGGAACUUGCUAUCAUCCGUUGUAGUAAUUUGAAAGAGUUACCGAAUUUGUCAAGUUUGGAAUUCUUGUCAAAAUUUCUUCUUAACUCGUGCGGAGAGCUGAUGGAGAUUAAGGGUCUAGAGGGAUUAAAAUCCUUAGCAAGACUUACUAUAGCUCAAUGCUCGAAGUUGUCCAACCUUGACGGCAUUGAACAUCUACAAUCUUUGACAUGGUUGCUUUUGCUGUCAAAUGGUCCAAUAUUUAAUGAUGAUCAAGUUUCAGGCCUCGAAAAAUUGAAAAACUUGGAACAGCUAAAUAUACAGAACUGCCAGUCCCUUGCAAGGCUGGACGUUUCGCAGUUAACACGUCUUGAGGAAUUAGUGCUUUGUCGAUGCCACAAUCUACUCGAAAUUAAAGGCAUCGAGAGAUUGAAAAAGUUGAAAAAAUUAGAUAUCUCGGGGUGCCCAUCGAUUGACAUAGCACUGGACCUCUCGUGCUUUGAUAGCCUGCGAUAUGUGGGCGUCGACGAACGCUUGAACCUCCCUGAUGUUCAGGGAGUGACGAUAGAGAGAUGUCAGGUCUGAAGAAAUCAGGGAUCGCAGUGUUCCAGGAAUCGAGCCGUCCAAACUCUUAAAGGCAUUCAGCGAUGCAACUUACAGGACAGGUUAGAGGUAUUUGGCCACAUUGUACGGAACGAUUCAUUAUCGUUGUCUCCAUCUCUCAACACUUUACGGCCUCAGUCUCCAAUCUCACUUUUCAAAAUCAUCUGCCAAACUUGGAGUCUUGAUGUCCAGGAGGUCCAAGUCCAGGAGCGUGCCACCCGUAACGUCAAAUUUGAGAAAGCGGAGGAGAUCGAGUUUGAAAACAGCACGCGCAGCGACGUCAUUCUUCGCGGUCAAAUCCAGAUGAGUUCAGCCAAAUGCUUCGAAGAAGCACAACAAGAAGGAACAAACCGUGAGUCUUUUUGUGUGGUGAAAAUUGCUGAGAGCUUGUUCAUCCACGAUUCUUGUUCAAAGGGGCUUUUGAAGGACGAAUUGCACACAGUACUUGAAUCUGGUGAAGCCCCCUUUACAUGGGCUGUCUCCAAGAGGUACGGUGAGUGACACCGUGAAGUUCCUCUCUCGGUUGAGUCAUUGCUGGAAUCGUCUCCGGCGACGGAAGGCUCUUCAUCGAGGAUGGGGGAAGGGGUUUCGAGCGAGGCUGAAGCACCCGCUGGAGAAGAUCAAGUCGAGGACUCCGGCUACGAUUGUUUUUAGCCAUCUCUUCCGCGAACAUCAUGAUACAGCACCAGGGGAAGCUAAUGGAUGAGGAUGGCAUAAUGCUUCGGAAAAAUCACUGUUUGGAUGACGCCAAAAAGUCAUCGGAAUGCCUUUCAAGGACAUUACAUGUCAUAGCCAUCAAAUAUUUUCGAUUACAUUUUAUCCAUGAGGAUGCUCAAAUGGAAGAACAGUUUGCCUCAAAUAAGCCAUAUUGUAGUCUUCAAGGAAACCCCUUAACUUCAGUUAUCUCAAUCCCUUAAGAAUUCUUUUCACGGGCGAGAACAGACAGACAAACAGCAGGAAGGAAAAAAAAGUUACGGAAGAAAUAGGUGAUCAUGAAGUGAGGUGAAGGGAUCCAAGUUGAUAUGUGCACUGAACAAGGACAGAGAUUCAGGGCUUGUGUAGGUAUCUUCCGGCAAGCAUUUGGAGCUUCCAUGACAAGAGAGAGGAUGUCGACAACAUCCUAGACUUAGCAUUUGAUUCCUGUAAACGUUCGCCCUCUGUAGUUCUUCAAGGCAGUGUUUGGUAACCAUCCAAAUAGUGCUUG